AUGACAUUUCAUAAGCCUGACACUUCAAUAAGCUCAAAAUCAAAAUACCGAAAUGAAAAUCUUGAAUUUAUCAGUAUUAUGGGGUGUCGGGAUUUUGACAUUUCAGAUUUAGAGUGUCGGGAUAAUAUCAAAUCUUAUUCAAUUGAAAAUAAUAUUUGGGGUAAUAAAAUAUUCGGGAUAUCUCAAAAUCAAGAAACAAAUUAUUAUAUUUUUGUUCUUAGAGUUGAAUAUUGUAUAAAAUGUAACCAACAAUAUGCAAGUAUAUAUUAUAAAGGGUGUUCAACACAAUAUAGUAAGAAUGCAACAAUUGAUAAUAUAAUACAAAUGAAUUUAGACGAAAAGGUUGCUUUAAAAUUUAUUUAUGGUAGUUCACAAAAUAUUAUUAAUGAAUUUAAUGAGUUAUGA